UGUCAGUGAAACAUUUUAUCAAGUUUAGACGCCUUUAACUCUGUAAUAAACGUGCAACGGUCACGAGUAGCUAAAACAAUUGCCAUUUCCAGCGGCGUCGAAACAAUGUCUUCAACUACAGCUGCUCCCGCAAGAAGCAAACGGGGCAAGCGGAAACUUGACCAGGCUGUCGAGCAGGAGGAGAAGGCGACGGCUGGCGGCCCUGCACAUCCCGGUGACGAGGCUGCUCCCCCGACUGCACCUGCACCAAGGCUCCCGCACAAAUUCAGGCAGCUGGAUAAGCCUGCCAACCUGGAGGCGAUGCUGAAGGAGGAGAAGGCUGGAUGUGUCACGGCAGUAACUUUCGGGCGGGAUUUCGGCAUCCGGGACGGCCACUUGGAGCAGCUUGCGCUGGCGGCAGGGCCUCAGCUCACGGAGCUGCGCCUGGGCUCCUCUGACACCGGUGACGGUGUGUACCUCACAGACGCCGCAGUCGACAUCAUCGUGCGCCGCUGCAAGAAUCUAGACGUGCUGCAGCUGGCGUCCUGCACUGGGAUCAGCAACAAGGCCUUCGCUGCCAUCUGCAGCGGCCUGCCCAAGCUCCGAGAGCUGCACGUGACCGGGCACGACAAGAGCACAGGCGCACUCAAGGGCAAGGCGCUGGACCCGUUGAUCCAGGGGGCGCUCCCCAACCUGCGGCGCCUGUACAUCACUGACCAGGGGGUGGGCUAUGAUGCGGUACAGCGGCUGAUCAAGAAGCGCGGCAAGACGCUGCAGGUGCAGUCCGGCGAGACGGACGACGAUGAUUCGUUUGCGUAUGGAAUGGUGAUGAGCAUGCAGGGCCGUGGGUAUGGUGACGGGCUGUACGGCAACAUGCGCUGGUAGGGGAGUUAUAAACCACCAGCCCCAAGGCAGGGAGGAAAGGGCGGGCUGCUCAGCUGGGGUAGCGGAGGGGGGCUGCUGAGGCGUGUGGCUGGCAGCAGGGCGCCACGUGAGGGUACGACGAGGGCCACUGACGCCCCCUCGGAGCUGUACGUCUGUUGGUUAGUGAUUCCGGUUAAGGACAGGGUGAUUUGCACAUCCUUGUGUGGUGUACGAAAUGUGGCUUGAAAUGUAGCAUGCAUGCUACAUUAGAGGACAGGAGCCUGGCGUUCUUUUGCUAAUGCCGGAGGCUAGCUGCUCUUCCAUGUUGUCUAUUUACAGUUGCAGCGUUUUUCGUGUGCUGGUUGUAUUUGUGGUGGCAAAUGUGAACCUUAAGGUGGCCAUGAGCGGCAACAGUGACGAGGCGAGGAACACAAUGUUACAUCCAUGAGAUGCAUGUACCCAUACGUCUGACUAACACGCGACCAUGCAACCACCAGUUCCCCA